GGAACGGUUAUAUGAGGCGCUAUCAGCCUGAGAUACCGAGUCGCAACGUUAAGAGGAGCACAAAUCCUUUCUGCUUCUUUUUUUUUGUUGUUCCUUUCUAAAUACAAUACAAUUCAGGCAUUUCUACACAAUUUAGCAAGAGGAGUUUUCAACCGAGUUGCUCCACGAUUUUGGAGGAAAGAGGGAGCCUAACUUUAUCGCCCAGCGCCCUUAUCUGGAGAGCGUCUUGUCUGGCCGAACCUUCCGGAGUGGUGCUUUUGGACUUGCACUGAUUAUUAUUUUAUUUGUUUUUCUUCAUUUUUUUUUAUUUUUUUUUAUUUUACUCCUGAGAUACUUCUUUUCUUACGAGCGAUUGAGAAGAUUCGGUCGUGCAACAUGUACUCGAGCCUGGCCAUACCUUCCAACCCGUCCCCGUACGGCCACGACACCGGGAACUACGUGCACGCGCCGACUAGCUCGCCCGUGUACGUGCCCAGCACGCGCGUGCCCGCCGCCGUGCUGCAGUCGCUGCCCUACCUGCAGCCGUGCGAAGCCACACACCAAACGCACGCCCUCGCGGGACACCACCACGCAUGGCCACCGCAGUCCGCCGCCGACGGUUCGUCGUUCGGCGCCGGGAGCCCGCACGCUCACGCGCCCACUGCCGCUUUCUCUUACCCACACAGUCCACCGGCGACCGGUGUCGGAGGCGGCUGUAGCGCUCGCGACCAUACGUCCUACCAGAGUCCGCUGGCGCUGGGUGGCGGCCCGCGCGGUCACGAUCAGUACGGCGGCGCUCUGGUGCGCUCGGUGAGCGCCUCGUAUUCGAGCCCGUACGCGUACAUGGGCCCCGACGUGAGCGGAUCAUGGGCUCCUGGUCAUUUCGACAGCGGUAUGAUCGGACUACAGGGACGCCAGGGCACUCUGACAGGCAGAAGAACCGGCCUAGAUAUGUUGGAUGAGAUGGCGUUGGAGGGUCGCGAGUGUGUGAACUGCGGCUCCAUCUCCACUCCGCUGUGGAGACGCGACGGAACCGGACACUACCUGUGUAACGCCUGCGGCCUCUACCACAAGAUGAACGGCAUCAACCGGCCUCUCAUCAAACCCCAGAAACGACUGCAGACUACGUCCCGCCGUGCAGGCCUGUGUUGCACUAACUGUCAUACCAGCACAACCACACUGUGGAGGAGAAAUGCAGAGGGGGAGCCUGUGUGCAAUGCCUGUGGCCUCUACAUGAAGCUUCAUGGGGUACCCAGGCCACUAGCUAUGAAGAAAGAAAGCAUUCAGACAAGAAAACGCAAACCCAAGAUACCCAAAACCAAAGCUUCCUCAGGGUCUUCCGUGUCCAGCACUACCUCUCCUACCUCCCAUCCCAUUUCAGAGAAUGCUUCAACAAUAAAAAGUGAACCCAACAUUGCAGCCUCACCGUAUGCCGGGCAAACAGUUGUGUCUGUCACACAGGUUUCAACACAGUUAAGCAGCACAAACUCGGGCCACGGGGACAUUAAAUACGAGGACUACUCUUUCACCCCGACAUCCAUUGGCUCACAGAACACCUGGUGCGCACUGUCCCAAGCGUGAUGCCAUCGGAGGCACUGCCAUUCCUGAAAAAUCACCCAAGUGCAAUCAAAGGAAAAAAGACUUUAUGACGAGAACUACCUAUUACACAGCCGACUCUAACAAGCAAAACAGACUCCGCUGGACACCAGUCAAUCGGAAUCUAUGAACUGUUAAUACAGUUUGUACAGAGAGUGUAACUAAUGCUUCAGUGUCUUGCUUGUUCACUGUAAAAUUUCAGGUCAUUCACAUUUGUGGUGUAAGCAACAGUGGACAGGUUUUCAUUAUUUUUUUAAACCAAAAUGAAGGACGAAAUCAAAUGCACAUUAUAAUAUACACAAUCAUUCAUGAUAUGCUACUUUACAAAUGAUUCAUUUGUAAGAAACAUUAUUUAUGUUGAGAUAGGAACAAUCCAGACAAACCAAGGUAUUCAAUAUAAUCUUUGCGUUUUUUUUUUUUUGUCAGGGGAUAUUUUAUGGUCAUUAUGACAUUUGAACACACACACACACACACACACACACAAACACACCGGCUUUUAAAGUUUUUGCAUUGCUUCUGCUGAUUUGCAAUGCUGUUCUUUACUCCGAAGUGCAAUGACUAUUCUGAAGCUUUUGAAAAGGGGCGCAAUUAUUUUAAUUAUUUUAAAAGUUAGGGUUUUUUUUUUUUCUCUUUAAAUAUAUUAACCUUAAUUUUAUUUUUUUGCUGUACUUUGUUGAUAUAAAAUUGAAUAACACCAUUGUUUUAUUAAAUAUAAAAUAUAUCA